GGGGCGUUGAGCUCCAGGACUAGUAAAUUUUGUCGAUACAAAAUUCAAAAUAUUCAAUGAAUAUAAAACCAUUGAAACUUCCACUAGUCUCACAGCUUAUGACCGCAAAACGCUACACACCGCCCUCUGCCUCGUAAUUCGUCUAGAUUCAUCCCCACUCGAAUCUACCGUUCCUUGUCAAAUCCACUCCACAUCUCUUCCCCGUAUAAAGAUUCCCAAAUUCAGCACCUCUGAAGUUCGAAUUCCGAAUCCAUUUCUUGAAGUUUUUCCAAUGGGAGUUUCACCAUUUUACGUUUCCGCCACAUUCACUUCCGCCGCCAGGUUUGACUAACGUUUACGCCGUCUUUCUUGUAGCUACCAGUGCUGCUGAUUCUUCAUUUUUGAGAUAAUAUAGGGUGUCAUUUCGAUAGAGUUGAAAGCCUCAAACAACUGUUUUGUGUUAUGUAUUGCUACUCGGUUCACUCUUCGUAAUGGAUUUAGGUCAAUCGCCAUCCAAUUCUAAUCUUUCGUCAGGGUUUUUAUCUCAUUCAUCGUUGCCAACGCCCGCGAAUAAUAAUCGGGGCCCAAAGAUUGCCGAUGAUUCAAUAUCAUUCCAAAUUGAGUCGAGGAUUCAAGACCCGUCGUUUAGGGUUCCAUCGAUUGCCCUUCAAUUGAUGGAUCAGCAGACGGAGAAUCACACUCACCAUGCUGAAAAUAGUUCAAAUGAAAAUAUAGUUAGUGGAGAGGAUGAGGAAAAAGAUGUGAAGGAAUUUCGGAUAUUGGGGCACUCGAUGUGUUUGAAGAGGAAGCGGGAUUGUGAGUCAGGGUCUUCCUCGUCUUCCUCUUCAAAGAGUAAUAGGACUUCUACUAAUGAGCUGGAGUCGCGUAGGAAUGAAGUUAGGGCUUGGGGGAAUCAAAGCUUGAGAGUCUCGGAUCCGGAUAUAUAUGAAAUUAUGGAGAAGGAGAAGCAGAGGCAGUACAAAGGAAUUGAAUUAAUUGCAUCUGAGAAUUUUGUGUGUAAAGCUGUAAUGGAGGCGUUGGGAAGCCAUUUGACGAACAAAUACUCGGAGGGAAUGCCAGGCGCCCGAUAUUACGGUGGGAAUUUAUACAUUGAUGAAAUUGAAACACUCUGUUGUGAGCGUGCUUUGACUGCUUUUGGGCUUGAUUCUGAACAUUGGGGUGUAAAUGUGCAGCCAUACUCGUGCACAUCUGCAAACUUUGCUGUAUAUACUGGGUUGCUAUUGCCGGGCGAUCGGAUAAUGGGUUUGGACACACCUUCUGGUGGAAACACGAGUCACGGCUUCUAUUUGCCUAAUGGGAGGAAAGUUUCAGGGGCUUCAAUUUUCUUUGAGAGCUUGCCAUAUAAGGUGAACCCACAGACUGGGUAUAUAGAUUAUGAUAAGCUGGAAGAAAGGGUAAUCGAUUUUCGCCCAAAAAUAUUGAUUUGUGGGGGGAGUUCAUACCCUCGGGAGUGGGAUUAUUUAAAGUUUAGGCAGAUAGCUGAUAAAUGUGGAGCGGUGUUGCUGUGUGACAUGGCUCAGAUUAGUGGUCUCAUUGCUGCCAAGGAGUGUGCAAAUCCUUUUGAAUACUGUGAUGUUGUAACAUCUACAACCCAUAAAAGUCUUCGAGGUCCGAGGGGAGGAAUUAUUUUCUACAGGAAGGGCCCAAAGCCAAGGAAAAGAGGCAUGCUUUUGUAUCAAGGUGAUGGCAGUGAUAGAUACGAUUUUGAGGAAAAGAUAAACUUUGCUGUUUUCCCAGCAUUGCAAGGGGGGCCACACAACAACUGCAUUGCGGCCCUUGCAAUAGCUUUGAAACAAGUGGCUACUCUCGAGUACAAGACUUACAUGCAACAAGUGAAGAAAAAUGCUCAGGCCUUAGCAUCUGCUUUAUUAACAAGAAAAUGUAGGCUGGUCACUGGAGGCACCGACAAUCAUAUGUUGCUUUGGGAUCUAAGAAAUCUUGGAUUGACAGGUAAAAAUUUCGAGAAGGUCUGUGAGCUGUGUCACAUCUCCCUCAACAAAGUUACAAUUUUUGAUGAUAGUGGGAAUAUUACCCCUGGAGGUGUAAGAAUUGGUACUCCUGCAAUGACAUCAAGAGGCUGUCUGGAGGAUGAUUUUGAGACGAUUGCUGAUUUUCUUGUUAGAGCUGCACAAAUUGCUAGUUCUGUACAAAGAGAACAUGCGAAAUUGCCUAAUGCUUUUCUGAAGGGACUUGAGAAUAAUAAAGAAAUUGUCGAGCUCCAAACGCAAGUUGAAUGUUUUGCAUCCCAGUUUGCAAUGCCCGGAUUUGACGUAUGACUGGUAUGGAGCUGUUAACAAAGGAUUAUGAUUAUAUCUCUACCCAAAGACUGAUCUCUGCUAUAACAUCAGAACUGUACAGUGAUGUUCAAUUCUCGUAUGAGAUAAUGAUCCGGCAUUUUCAUAAUGUUCUGGCUGUUGUUUUCGCUUAGCCUCGACUGGAUCUGUCCGGUCGUGCACCUAUUCUGCUUGAUGCAUGUUCAUCUGCAGCAAUUUUUGACAAUCUUGGUAAUUAAUUAUAUUUGUGUUUUUUGUGCAGGGAGACUAAAGACCCUAUAAUCUCUACCAUUUUUUGGUCCUUUGAGGGCAAUUGUGAGUCCGUAUUUUUAUUGGUUAGGUCGUAGUUUCCUAGGCUAGGAUAUGUGUACAUGAAUCAUGUAUUCCUUUGCUUGGCUGUUGAAAUUCAGAUUUUUAAGAAAGUGUUAUUAUUAUUAUUAUUAUUA